GCCGGAAGUGAGUGUGCAUUUCCGGCGGGCGCGAGCGCGGCCGGCGGCCCUGCACCCCUGCCGCUGCCGCCGCCAUGAAGGACGUGCCGGGCUUCCUGCAGCAGAGCCAGAGCUCGGGGCCGGGGCAGGCCGCCGUCUGGCACCGUCUCGAGGAGCUGUACAACAAGAAGCUCUGGCACCAGCUGACCUUGCAAGUUCUGGACUUUGUUCAGGACCCUUGCUUUGCCCAGGGAGAUGGACUCAUCAAGCUCUAUGAGAACUUCAUCAGUGAGUUUGAGCACAGGGUCAACCCCUUGUCCCUGGUGGAGAUCAUCCUGCACGUGGUCAGGCAGAUGACAGACCCCACUGUGGCCCUUACUUUCCUGGAGAAGACUCGAGAGAAGGUGAAGAGCAGUGAUGAAGCUGUCAUCUUGUGCAAGACAGCCAUUGGGGCACUCAAGCUGAACAUUGGGGACCUGCAGGUCACCAAGGAGACCAUCGAGGAGGUGGAGGAGAUGCUGAACAACCUGCCCGGGGUGACCUCGGUGCACAGCCGCUUCUACGACCUCUCCAGCAAGUACUACCAGACCACCGGCAGCCACGGCUGCUACUACCGCGACGCGCUGCGCUUCCUGGGCUGCAUCGACGUCCAGGAGCUGCCAGUGUCGGAGCAGCAGGAGCGAGCCUUCACCCUGGGGCUGGCUGGGCUGCUGGGGGAAGGUGUUUACAACUUUGGGGAGCUGCUGAUGCACCCCGUGCUGGAGUCCCUGCGCGGCACCGACCGGCAGUGGCUGAUCGACACUCUCUAUGCCUUCAACAGCGGCAAUGUGGAGACCUUCCAGGCUCUGAAGUCAGCCUGGGGCCAGCAGCCAGACCUGGCUGCAAAUGAAGCACUUCUGCUGCAGAAGAUUCAGCUGCUGUGUCUGAUGGAGAUGACUUUCACCAGACCUGCCAACCACAGGCAGCUGACCUUUGAAGAGAUUGCCAAGAGUGCCAAAGUCACUGUGAACGAGGUGGAGCUGCUGGUGAUGAAGGCACUGUCAGUGGGCCUGGUCAAGGGCAGCAUUGAUGAGGUGGACAAGAGGGUGCACAUGACCUGGGUGCAGCCACGGGUGCUGGACCUGCAGCAGAUCAAGGGGAUGAAGGAGCGCCUGGAGUCCUGGUGCACGGACGUGAGGAGCAUGGAGAUGCUGGUGGAGCACCAGGCCCACGACAUCCUGACCUAGAGCCCCUGGCACUGCCCCUGGAGAGCAACCCUGCUGC